AUGAGGAGGCAUUGGCGAUCAAACACAAUAUGCCUUGUCUUGGCUUUUAUUGGUUUAAUCACAUGGAUUUUCACUAGCCACGUUUUCAAUUCGAACGUUUCAAAGAAGUCUGUUGUUGAAUUUGAAGUGCCAAGAAAAGUGGCCAAACAGUUUUUGUUACAUCCGCAAGGAGGGGUGGAUAAUGUAGAAAACAAGGACAAACGCUACUCACAGGUUAAACAAGAUGAAGUAGUUUACGAAAUUCUUAAAAAAGAGGGAGGAUUUUUCCUCGAUAUUGGUGCUCACGAUGGAGAGUUUUUGUCGAACACUCUUUGGUUGGAGAGACGACAUGACUGGACAGGACUUCUGAUAGAGGCUAAUCCUGAACUCUGUGAAAAAAUAGAUAAAUUAAAACGAAACGCGUGGAGACUGUGUGCCUGUUUAUCAAAAACUCAGAAAAGUGUUUCAUUCAUCAAAGGAGGUGGUGUAGGUGGUAUCGUAAGCCACAUCGAUGAGCACCACAUGAAAAUGCUAGACCAGAAAAACAAAAUAACAGUACCUUGCUUCAGUUUGGAGCAGAUUUUGGAUGCUAUUGGAAUCCAUCAUAUUGAUUUUUAUUCACUAGAUGUUGAAGGAGCAGAAAUGGCUGUUCUAGAAUCCUUGAAGACUGGGCUAAAGUCUGGUGCCUUUACAGUGGACGUUUGGUCCAUUGAAUAUAGAGUAUGGGAUGGUCAAAAGAUAGUAGUUGAGGAAUCUGUGAAGAAUUUGAUGGCCUUAAGAAACUACUUUAAAGACAUUGGAGGAUAUUUUGAACAUUCACAGUUAUCAACGGAUGAAAAUAAUAAGGAUGGGUAUGCUUUGGAUGUAGUAUUUGUUCGCACAGCAACGUGGUGUAAAACCCGAGAAAGUUUUCCAAACGGGACAAGCUGUCCAGGAAAGGAGAAAGUGUAUCACAUAAACGACUAUCUCAUGGCCCCACACCCUUACAAAAUAGUAGAGAAUGUAGACAAAAUGUACUCUCAGGCUCAACAAGACAAACUUGUGUAUGACAUUGUUAAAAAAGAUGGAGGAUUUUUCGUUGACAUUGGUGCGCACGAUGGACAGUUCUUAUCCAAUACGCUGUGGCUGGAGAGAAAACACAGCUGGACGGGUCUUCUUAUUGAAGCUAAUCCGGAUCUCUGUCGACGUAUAGAUCAGCUGAAGCGCCAUGCCUGGAGAAUGUGCGCGUGUCUGUCUAACACACAGAAGACGGUGUCCUUUAUUAAAGGUGACGGGGUAGGUGGUGUGGAGGAGCACAUUGACCAACAUCAUAUCAAAAUGUUGAACAAACAAAAUAAAAUUACUGUCCCCUGUUUUAGCCUGGAAGAUGCGUUGAAUACAAUUAAAGUCAACCAUAUUGAUUUUUAUUCACUAGACGUUGAAGGCGCAGAAAUGGCGAUUCUGGAGUCUUUAAAAGAAGGACUAAAAUCAAAGCGUUUUACUGUUGAUGUUUGGGCGAUUGAGUAUAGAGUGUGGGACGGACAAAAAGUUGUUGUGGACAAAGCUUUAGAAAAUUUGAAUGCAUUAAGAAAAUAUUUCCAAAAUAUUGGUGGUUACAGUGAACAUUCUCAGCUCUCUAACGAUGGGAAUUUUAAAGAUGGAUAUGCGUUAGAUGUUGUCUUUGUACGUAACGAAAUGUGGUGCAAGUCCCAUGAAAAAUUACCAGACGGUAGUCCAUGUGCAAAAUAAGGCCACUGACUGUUGAGGAUACAUGUAGUAAACUCAGAAUCUCAAAUACAUUAAAGUUGAUAUUUAAUAUUUUUAUAAGCAUUAAAAAAAAAUAUGGACGACUUGCUGAAUGUUUGGCAAAAGUGAUAUAAGUUUUAUUUCAUGAGAUUUUCCCAUACAUUCAGUCAUUCUACGAUAAAAGGACCAUUUCGG